UGUUGUAUAAAAACAAUGUUUUCUGAGUAAGUCAUGGUUUAUUUACUUCAUUUAACAUGACUCCACAAAUCAGAAUUUGGUAACUUGUGGAAUCACUCAUCCGUCGCACCUCUCUGAUUCACAGUUUUGAAAUCCACACUCACUAAUAUGUCAACAGCCUAAAAUAAGCUAAGAUUUGAUUUGCUAUCAGGCUAUGAAAUUGAUACCUAUUUGUAAUCAAUUUAAUAUUCCAAGUCAUCACCUGAUUGCUUUAUGGGUAUCAUGGAACAAGUGCAGUCCUCCCGUCUUUGCGAAAUAUCACUGACAGCAAUAGUUAAACUAAAUGACUGCAAAUUAUAUGAGGCUACUGUAGUGCAAAGUGCUGCUUUGUAAGAAAUCUGCUUCCAGAACCUACCUAUCCUAUCUUAUCUAUCCUAGUACAACCUAGACAGGCAAUAAAAGCUCCUUGGAGAUUUCAUUUUUCCUAUGACAAAACAUUGGGUUUAAAGUUCAAAGUGUACACAUUUUCCAACUGAUACGGAAAGAUCUAAAUAUGAAACAUUUUCAUUGAAAGAGUGACCACAUAAGCUCUUGAAAGCAAGAUCUUUACAUUUUAACUGCACUGUUUUUAGAUCACUGAUGACAAAAAAAAAAAAAAAUCUAUUUUUUUUGUUUUACAUCUUUGCCUUUCAGGUUCAUUCAGUGGUUUGUUACUCCACUGUCAUUUUGGCCCAUUAAGAAUUCAUCCACCAGGUUUAAGGAUGUUUUCGGACUACAGUGUUUUUCUACAGAUCUUCCUGGGCAUCCUGGGUUUUGGUCUCGCCAUGAUGUUCUGCACCACUUUAUGCAGAGUAUGCCAUCGCCAAAGGGAUGACCAUAUAUCACCGGGGCCUAUAAGACAUAGUGACCGGGGCAGGGUCCCGCAGUCCAUAUAUUUCAUUCCCUUCCCCAGGAGCAUAUCACAGCAGGACAGCGAAGAUCAAGGUGGUGAUGCCAUGAGACCACCACGAUACAGCACAACAGUCUACUCAGGACCCCCACCUGCCUAUAAUGAGCUGGAAUUUAAGCCUGAUGAUCUCCCACCUGCUUACAAUGAACAAAGCAUUUCUAUGUAUCCCAUAACACCCCCUCCGCCUCGCCCAGACAUGGUUCAACCACAGGCACAGUAACAACCAUAUGGAAAAAUCAUUAUUGUGUCGAGGUUACGGACACUCCCGAUAUUGCACUGCCUCGUGGACAUAAGUAACGAGAAGUUCUAAUCUUUUAAGGGUUGGUUUUAUUGUUAGACUCGUUUUCUUUAUUGUUUUAAGGGAGUUGAUGACGGCACGAAGAGAAUCAAAGUUGUGGAAAUGGAAAAGUUUUAAAGUUACAACAUUGUAAACGUGUUUCUGUUUCAACUUGUUCUCUCUGUGUUUAUUAGCAGGAUAUCAAAGAAGUGUAUCAGGUAUCAGGUAUUUAUUACAUUUAACACAGAGCUAAACUGAAAUACACGUUGUUUUGGUUUGCGCUCAACAUCUUGAGGACAAGAUGCAUUUUUUUCACCACUUUUACAGACUUCAUUUCAACAGACAGUAAAGGGAUCAUGGCAUUAACCUGAAAUGGUUGCAUUUUGCUUGUUCACACUCUGUUUAUUUACUAAAAGGGUUUAGAUAUUCACUAUUCGUUCUUUCAUCAAAAUAUUAGCUUUGGGUGACUGUUUUGGAAAGCGCAGCAUGUAUUCUCUGGUUGCUUUUUAAGUGAUGUUCUAAACAAGCACAUACAGUGAAGUACAUGAUAUUGAAUGAAGUGUGCCUGACAAGCAUGUAUUUUCAUAUAUGUAUGCCGAUUAACUUAUGCGACUGUAAUAGCACGGUUGCAGUGAUGUUGUAUUCAUAUUGUGCUAGAAGAGGUCUUUUUCACAGCAGACAUUUUAACUCGUGACAGGGACUGCAUAGGUGUAACUGAUUGUUCAGCCGUUGGUUAUGGCCGAACAAUCAGUUAGUGCUAUUUAUUACAGCUGUUCACGUACCAUUCAAUUACUGUUAUGAUUUCUGAAAACUUGCUUUAAGACUUUAAUGAAACAGUCACUUUACUGAAAUGAAAUUUGUAAAUAGACAAAAUUCACAAAUUAAUUGUUCAAAUUGUUCUCAGGAAAAAAUAAAUGUAAAUGAUAUUUAUAGUAGCUGGUCUACUUAAAGGUCUCUGAACAGACUGAACACUCCAACAAAGUCUGUAAUAUGAACCUGGAAACAGAGGUUAGAAAAAGAUUUCAAUGUUUAGGAAAUUUUUAUGUAAAUAUAUGUUCAUAAUAAUGAUUGUAUCGCAUGUACAUAUUGUGGAUACGUUUAAAUAAAG